GAGUUUCGAGCAAGCUUUGCUGAUAUCAUACACUCGUUUUCUUAUCUAUAGAGAUACUUGUUUAUAUUCAAUGCUUGUAAUCUCUCGACCAAUCAGAAGAGAAAACUGAAAGUACGUUACUUUGAAACUAUUUGAAAGAUUUAAAACGUCCACAGAAGCAUUUCUAAGCUAUGGAAGGUUGGAUCGUGACCAAGAAUUUGUGAAUAUCGUGAUGCAAACAGCUGAAUAAGUGUUUAAGUUAAUUAAUAGUAGAGACAUUGGAAACGUUGUUUAAUUAGUUGGACUGGUGUUUAUCAUAAAAUAUUUGUUUUGAUAUUAUCACGUUGUUUUAAAAGUGUUUACCUUCUGUACGAGUUUCAUUUUAAUCCGUAGGAUAUUCCGUUUUAUUUUGAUAAUUUAUUGUUUUAUUAAGUACUAGUUUCUAAGAAUGCUGAAAGGAAAAGAAAAUAUUGUUCAAGCUAAUACGACUGCUUCUCAAUUUGAUGCCAAAUUACAAGUUAAUAAUUUCAAACAAUUGAGGAUUGUAAACAAAAACUCUUUAUUAGCGAACGUUAAUAAUCAAGGAAGUAAAAAAAACGAGACUAGGGUCGUACAAAAUGGUAAAACCGAUUCAACUAACUGUACAACGAAGAAUAAUCAAAAUAAUUUUUCGAAACAAUUGCCUAAAGCAGCAUUGCCUUCUUCAUCUAAGUCAACGGAAUUAAAGACUCAAGAUAACUGUAAUAAUGCUUCCAAUAAUGACAAAAAGGAUGUUGUGACUAUAGAAAAUACAGAAGAGAAUGAUAUGAAUAAUAAAAAGAGCAAAAAGAAAUGGGUAUUAACGGAUUUUGAUAUCGGACGUCCUCUAGGCAAAGGAAAAUUCGGAAACGUCUAUCUCGCUAGAGAAAAAAAGUCGAAAUUUAUUAUAGCCAUGAAGGUACUUUUUAAAGCGCAAAUACAAAAGCAAGGAGUUGAAGAUCAAGUUAUGUUAUAUCAAGUGCAAAGGGAAAUUGAAAUACAAACUCAUUUAAGACAUCCUAAUAUCUUACGUAUGUAUGGUUACUUCCACGAUGAAAAAAGAGUAUAUUUGAUAUUGGAAUAUGCUCCAAAGGGUGAAUUGUAUAAAGAGUUGAAUGCACAGCCUGACAAACGUUUUGACGAAGUUAGAACGGCUACGUAUAUGUCGCAAUUAGCAGAUGCAUUAAAAUAUUGUCAUAGUAAAAAAGUAAUACAUCGCGAUAUAAAACCGGAAAAUUUAUUGCUUGGUCUAAAAGGUGAAUUAAAAAUGGCUGAUUUUGGUUGGUCCGUUCAUGCACCUUCGUCGAGACGAGAAACUUUAUGCGGUACUCUUGAUUAUUUACCACCGGAAAUGGUAAUGGGAAAGACGUAUAAUCACACUGUAGACUUAUGGAGCGUUGGAGUACUAUGUUACGAAUGUUUAGUCGGUUCUCCACCGUUUCUUGCACCAACUUACGAAGAAACGUAUGUUAGAAUUAAGAAAGCUCAGUAUAAAUUCCCUGAUUUUGUUAGCGAAGGCGCAAGGGACUUAAUUUCGAAGUUACUAAUCGUAAAUCCAGAUAAAAGACUGCCAUUGGAAGAUGUUUUAACACAUCCUUGGAUUAUGAAAAAUCGCACAACGGAACCUCAUGUGCAGUGAUAAAUAUUAUAUUAUUUUUAUCUUCUAGACUGUCGCUAUAUUUAAUAAUUUAGUAAAUGACGGUUGGUUUUUCGUGACAUAACAAAUGGAUUCCUGUAGGUGAUUUUAUGAUAGAAUUUUAUAAUUUAACAAAAACAAAUAGAUCACAUUAUUCCAUUUUAUUCGAUAAUUUUUGAACUAUAUAUAAUGCAAUAUCUUUCAAUGAUUUAAUUUCACAAAAAUUACUAAUCGAACUUGGUAUUAUUAUUAUCGGAAUUAUAUGGAUAAGAUGUUACAAAAUAAAGAUUUCGAUGCAGCAUCAAUUUAUUCGCUAGAUAUGUCGUCAACUAAUCGGAAUUAUAAAAUCUGUUUGAUUACAUGAGAAAGGUAGAAGGAAAAACAGAAUUUAUAAUUAUUUUCUCUAGAAAUAAAAACAACUUAUAUUCGGUUACAGGAGACGUUCAAUUAAUAAAAAUAAAUCGUGUUCGUUUGUAAAUAUUAUAAAUCGUCUCAUUAAUUUAUGCUAGUAGAAAUUCUAAACUAAUAAAACUUUGUUUUGGCAAAUGUUACGCAAUUAAAGUAAUGGAUCAGUUAUCAUAUUUAAAAUAUCAGUUAUCCAAAUUAAAUAUGGUGUAUUUUAAUACAUGUAAAAUAUACCAUUUGUUUAUAGAUAACAUAAAAUUUAUUUAUGUUUACAAAAACGGUGAUACAGAUAAUGUUCUCCGAGAUAGAUAUCCGAACAUUAUCGUUAUAUUCUAUCUUAUGUCUUAAACGUCUUUAUCAUUUAAUAUUAACAUCGGAAUAAAAAAAGGAUAUAUAAUUUGUAAACAUCGAAACUUAAAAAUCCUAACAUAUAUAAUUCCUAUAACGUAAAAAUAUUAUCUUACACAAUUAUUUGUUAUUUCUAAUGUUCUUAGAAAUUCUGAUAAAACUUCAAUAAUGGAAGAGAAGUGCCAUAUUAAAAGAUUCUUAAUUAGUUCGCCUCAUGUUUCCAUUGGUUCCAUAAUUACAUCCACUAUUGGCGUUUCUAACGGUGUAUCCAUAGGCGUGACUUCAGAAUCUUUUCUAACUGAAUAUAGCUUUCUUAAUUUUUCAUAGUGUUUGAUCUCCUGAACAUUUUUAGAAUACGGUUUUUAGGAAUGACAUUUAAUAAAGAGAAAAAAUAAAGAAAACGACAAAAAUUAUAUGGAAUUUCUAACUAAUACUUUUCAAAACGCAUUUAAUUGAUUAUUUGUUUAUUAUUAGAUAAUUGUCAGAUCGAUUACUUACUUUUUCAUGAACCGAUGGUCGAACUUUAUCGAACGCAUUAGCGAUAUGUCGCAUACAGAUCUCUGGUUGUCCGUGAUACUGUGUCAUUAAUUCUUUCAACGCUUCUAUUCCUGCUUCUCUGAUCAAAGAAGCCAAAUCGGCACCAGUGAAACCAUCGCAUUUUUCGUUAUAUCCUACUUCUCCCAAAUUUAUAUCUGCGGCUAAUUUUGGUUUUGUACCGUUCUGUUAAAACGUUCAUCGAUUAUAAUAAAUUGUAAUAUUUUAUAAAAUUUA